CGGGGCGUAGCCACCACCGCCAUUUCGCGCGCUGUGGAGGAGGCCGCGCUCGCUGUAAUGGCGGAGUUCGCGCUGGGCGGUGUGGUGACUCCUCAGGGCGGCGCGGGGAUGGCGAACUCGGGAGGAAUCAAGAGCGACGCCUUCGCUGACGCCGUUCAACGCGCCAGGAUGGUUGCGGCAAAGAUCGGCGUGGAGGCGAGCACGGGCCCGCCGGCCAACACCGCCGUGGGAGUGCUGCCUCCCCCCGCCGUCGAGACUGCCAAUAUGUUUCCCUUUGUGGCGCAGAAGCGGCCCAUGGUGGAGGACGCGGAUGGACCGGAGUGUAAAAAGUUUGCUGCGAAAAAUGACCCCAUCGGUGCCCAGCUUGCGGCAAUGGUUGCGCAACAAAGGUCACAAGUGACAGAAGAAUUUAAAGUGCCGGACAGAAUGGUGGGACUCAUCAUCGGCAGGGGAGGUGAAAACAUUUCCAAGCUACAGAAUGAGUCGGGCUGCAAGAUUCAGAUCUCACCUGACAGCGGAGGCAAACCGGAGCGUCCCUGCUCCCUCACUGGAACGCCAGAAGCCAUCAGGGAUGCCAAGCGCCUCAUUGAGCAGAUCAUUGAGCGCGCGCGGGAUGGCCCCGGCUCUCAGGGCGACCACAACAACAACGGUGGUGGUGGUGGCGGCGGCGGCGGCAGCAUUGGGGGCGGUAUUGGGGGCAGCGGUGGCAACGGCCCGCCGGCUUCGGCGGCACCGCCGGCACCCUCGUUCCAGGAGCUCAUGAUUCCCGCGGGCAAGGUUGGGCUGGUGAUCGGCAAAGGUGGCGAGACCAUCAAGCACCUGCAGGAGCGUGCGGGGGUGAGGAUGAUCAUGAUCCAGGAUGGACCCAUGCCCACAGGCGUCGACAAGCCACUUAGGAUAAUGGGGGAGCCUUACAAAGUUCAGCAAGCGAAGGACAUCGUGCUGGAGCUGCUGAGAGACAAGGAUGACUUUGCACCCGGGGACUUCACCAACCGAGGGGGAGACAAUGUGGAGGUCCCUGUGCCCAAGUUUGCCGUGGGUGUCGUUAUUGGCAAGAGCGGUGACAUGAUCAAGAAGAUUCAGAACGAGGCCGGAGUUCGCAUCCAGUUCAAGCCAGAUGACUCCUCGUCCCCUGAUAAGAUGGCUGCCAUUAUGGGCCCCCCCGAGUGCUGCCAGCAUGCGGCGCAGAUGAUCAACGACCUCAUCCAGAGCGUGCAGAACGGGCCACCGGGCGGCCCUGGAGGAAUGGGUCGUGGCCGGGGCAGGGGCGGCGGCGGCGGUGGCGGCGGUGGCUUUGGACGCAACGAGUGGAUGGGUCCCCCCGGGGGAAUGCACGACCAAUUCAACCUCACAGUGCCCACCAACAAAGUGGGGCUCAUCAUCGGCAGAGGUGGAGAGACAAUUAGGAAUAUCAACCAGACGUCGGGUGCCCGCGUGGAGCUCCAGAGGAACGAGCCUCCCAACGCUGACCCCAACUUCAAGAUGUUCAUCCUGCGCGGGUCCCCGCAGCAGAUCGACCAUGCGCGCCACAUGAUCGACAGCAUCAUCCACGGGGGCCCGCCUGGCCCGCCAGGUGCACCUGUAGGCCCAGCUCCCUACCCUCAUCCCGGCCCAUACCCCGGCCCACCUGGUCCCCCAGGCCCUCACGGGCCAUAUGGACCCCCACCCCAACAUGGUCCCCCUCCUCCACAGCCGUACCCCAACCCUCAAGGCUGGCCCGGCCAGUAUCAGCCUUGGCAGCAACCAGGCGCUCCUCCAGAUCCGAACAAAGCGGCGGCGGAUGCAAAUGCAGCGGCGUGGGCGGCAUACUACGCACAGUACUACCAGCAACAGCCCGGCCAGCAGCCCCCGCCAGCCCAGCCGGUGCCGGCCGUGCCUCCUGUUCCACAAGCUCCCCCUGUGCAGGCUGAUCCGAACCAAAACCCUGGCCAAGCUGCCCAGCCCGAUUACACCAAGGCAUGGGAGGAAUACUACAAAAAAGUCGGCCAGGCUGGCGCUGGCCAGACUGACUAUACGAAAGCCUGGGAAGAGUACUACAAAAAGCAGGGCCAGGCCGCCCAGGCGGCUCAGGCGGCCCAGGCGGCCCAGGCGGCCCAGGCGGCGCAGUCGGCGCCACCGGUGGCCGCUCCGCAGCCGGACUAUUCGGCGGCCUGGGCCGAGUACUACAGGCAGCAGGCAUCCUACUACGGGCAGGGACAGCUCCAGGGCCCGCCCGGCUCCGCGCCCGUCGCAGGCCCGCCCGGUGUCGCCGCCGCCGCCCCCUCGUCGCCGGCCAAUCAGCAGCCUCCGCCGCCCGGCCAGCAGGCACCACCGGGCCAGUAGAUUUUGGGGGCGUUGCUGUUGGCUGGUGUGCACGCCGUUGGGGGAUUGCAGUUUUAUACAAAAAAUAGAAAGUGUAAAAAAAACAAACACCACCACACCUACACGCUUCACCAUGCUGGGGGCCCCUCUCCUCCCUCUCAUCCCCUUCUCUGUAGAAAACAUCUGUUUGAAUAAAAACGCAGUCGGGGGCAGCCUUAUCACAACACCGUUGAUUUUCAAUUCCUAGCUUAUGCUUCGUUCUCCUGUUAUCGGCAUUAUGCUCGGUGAACCAGUUGAGCAGCGUUAGGUUAUUUUUUUUUUUGGUCAUGGGGAAGGGACAAUUUAGGGGGGCAAAUCGUGUGUAGUGUGAGAUAAUGCUGCUUGCCUGUUCUUAGCAAUAGGGUUAAGAGGCAGCCCCAUCCCUCACCUUAAGUUUGUCUCCCCCGUUUUGGUGGUCGCCUCUCCCCCCCCCCCGUGAACUCGCCGUGUGAUCCCCAAAACCCAAAUCUCUUUUGGCAGUCGGCAGUGUUUUUUUACUGCAGUGCGAGGCACCGUCAAACGCGGUGUAAAUUUGUGUGCAUAGGUUUUUCACGCUAACACUGUGUAGCUCCCCCUCCACGCCCAUCGACGCGUUGCCGGGUUGUGUUUACCCCGUUGCUGUUUGGAAACCCGUCGUCGUCCCCCCCGCCCUCCGUGCUUUUAUUCGGUUCUUGAUAGAAGCUUCUCCCCCGUCAAGUAGAGCAAAAGCGGACGGACGUCGUGCCAACGGCACCGCGCAUGGUUGUACAACUACCGACGGUGCAACGUCGUUUGAGACUAUGCAUCGUGUGACCUGUUAGUGCGCCCCAGGCCCCCCCCCCCCCCCCCCCCAACACAGUGACGGCAGCACUGGGUCGUCAGGCACGGAUUUUUGAACCUUGGUUAAGAGUUGCUUUUCUUCUUAUUAAACAUUCCAACUGAAAUCCCGUUUUUAGUAAUACGCAACGCGCGCAGUAUGCACACGCGCCCGCAUGGGACACGCUGCAUUGCUUAACGCCACUGCAUUUGCAGUCCAGAGGGGUCGAUCUCCGAUCUCCCGACUCGGCGAUUAGGCAGGUCUGCGUGUGGGUGGAGUAAAGUUGCGCGGGUUACUCCCCCACCUCUUCCCCAAGACGGUGUUGCCAGCGUUGAGGAGUAGACCCAAAUUACACCCGGUGGGGAAGGUGUCCUCUCUCUCUCUCUCUCCCCCUUUUUGCCAGCAAAGGUAGCAGCAGGAAAUUGCAGGGCCGCACGUUUUAGCUUUUUUUUAAUGCAAACUUUGUUGAGCAACAGAGUAGCCACACACGGGUGUGCCACACGUUGCGGUAAUUCCACACGGUAACAACACGGGGAGUUCUUUGGAGAUUUUUUUUUGUAUCUAGGGUGUUAUUUUCUUUCUGAUUUAUUUUCAUUUCUCUCCCCCCCCCCUCCACGUCCUCGUCCAUCCAGCACCACCACCUCAACCUUUGACAUUUUAUACGGUGGGACAACAGUUUCAGGAAUGGCGCCAUGGAAGUGGGGGGGGGGGUGUGGUGGCAGUCACACCGCGCACGCCAUUUCUUGACAGCGGCAGCACUGGUCACACAGACAGUGGCUGGGGAGGCUCCGUAGCAAAAAAAAAAACCAGAAUGUGACACGACUGUGUGUACGAUGCGUUUUAUGUCGUUGAAUAAAUAUGUUUGUCCCAAAACAAACCCCGGUUUUAACCCCCCCCCCCCCGAGUCGUCGGUGCUCCUUGGCGGUGCUGCGACUGUGUGAAGUUGCGGAGUGUUGCUUGACCCCCCCGCCCACCCCCUGCUCCGUGCAGCGUGUUUGCAUUCUAUUAAAGUGAGGUCUCUCCCGUUUUCGCCUUUCUCUGCAGCGUGUUUUAAGUCAUUUCCAGUGCGUGUCUCCUGCCGUGCGAUGUGCCCUUGUGCCCCCUUCCGAGGCCGUUUUAACGCAUCAAAGGUCUUUUUUUUUCCCAUGCCGCUGCCCACCGGUUGUAAAAUUGGCCUCAAAAGUUUUUACCUCGUGUAUGUUUGCGAGCUUUUUAAGAUUCCUACUAAGCUUUUGUUUGCCUUGUCUAGUCUAAACAUGGCUUGAGCAUCAUAUAUGCAGCGCGUCUGUGUGCGCGCGUGUGUGAGCACAAUUUAUUAGGGUGCUUAAAUUUAACUCGAUUGGCGAAACAUGCGUAAGUGUUGGUGAUCUCAGGCGUAGACAUUUUAUCACCAAAUCGGUCGUAAAACUGGAUUAACAGAUGUUCUCCUUUACAAGGACAAUGGGAUGCCUUGUACAGAGCCGCAAGAGCCUCCUCGUGCCGAACUGCUGCAGGACAAUAUUUGGAGCACUUUAUUUAUCUUUGUGCGCGUAAAUAUGUUGUGUGGCUCAUCUGUGAGCUAUGCGAAGCCACCCCACCCUACCCAGCGAAAGGAGCCUGUGUGUUAAACUAAAGGUUUCCGAUGGCGUUAAUUAACGAGAGAAAUACCCAUUGUGUCCACCAGCAUUGGGCUAUCCUCUUGGAUAUUAACUCGUGGUCCUACAAGUAGAAUAAUGUACAACAAUUGGCUUGUCUUUGUACAGCUUACGAUUGCUCUCGUCCAUGGGCUCGAGGAGAAAUGGGGUGGCAGCUUGAGUUGGCAAAAUUCAUUCUUGCCGAUUCCUCUGUGUAGACAAUCGAAUCGUGGUGGGCCCAACUAAAUGUGUAAAGGUUGUGGAGCAUUUAAUUAACUGUCAUUGGUCAUGUGAAGGAACUAGUAACAAUAAUUACAUUGGUCCUCAUGAUUCAGAUAAUACAAACAGUGAAUUCCCCUAAUCUGAAUAGUGGACACCAGAUUGAAAUUCAUUUAUUUAAAUGUAACAUGUAAAAACACUCAUGUAGGAAAUUAUCAAAAGCAACGUGUGUUUCGUCUCCUGCUCAGCAACAUCUAACAAACUAUGCGGUCCUCAUGCCGAAACGUACAUUGAAAAAGCUUUGUAUUAUGUUACACAUUGCAAAGUGAUUCUCUGUUCGAACCCCGCCCGUGUGCCGCGAGUGUUUUUCCAGUGGAGGCAACGUGCUUGAAACAGGAGAUGAUGCCCCCCCCCCUUCCUCCUCUCCCUCACCCCCACAAUGGGUUAUCAGGGACUCUGUAGCCACAACUAGUGCAGGCUUUUGGCCUCUUUCCAGGUAAACUAAAAAUAAACUUUCUUAUUUUACCAGGUAAGGCCCCCUGAGCUGCUAUGUUUCGCUUUCAGAAGCGACCUGGCUAUCACAAACGAUAGCAGCCCAACGUCGUGGGCUUAUCGUCGCUUGAAUAUCUUUAGCAGCGGCCAAUUGCUCUUUAAACGCGUGGAUGUUGACUUAAUGUGGAGGGAAAAACCGGAGGACCCGGAGAACAAUCCAGACGGCCGCAGGGAGAACAGGCGUCGGGGUCCAUGACCUCUGUAUAAACCAGGCAAGGGAGAUAGUCUCGCCACUGUGGCUCUCCAAAUUUAGCUAUGCGACAUCCAUCCAAUGUUUGUGUGAACUUUCACGCACCGUACAUAGCCGACCAUACGAAUUAAUUGGGAGAUCCGAUGUUUUACUCUCUGCCGCGCUAAAAUCCGUCUUGUCGCUCCGCUUUUUUGAGCGUCGAGCUGGGUUGCAGUCAUCGGCGAAUCUCUUGCAGUUUUUAGUUCACGCCGGCGAGUAAUUUGUGUCUGUCGUUAACUUUUAAGCCCCAUUCACGUCUUUGGAGUAGUUGACGGGUCGCUCUGCGUCCCCUUUAACGUUUUGAAAACAUUGACGGCGUUAAAGGUGGUUAUGUGUCGCGGCCGCUGAUUGCGGUUGUCCAAUAUCUCCAGUUUUAAUUAAUGCCUCGGACUUAGUGUAAAGCGACGGACUUUUUUUUAACACGCUGUGUUGCAUAUUUAGAUCAUUGUUAACCGAAGUUCCAUGCUUAUUGAAUGCAUUUUGAUGCCAUUUUGUAGAACCAUUGACAUGUUGGCGUUAUUUUCAGACGUUUUGAUGACUAAUUUCUCGACAAUGUCAUUGUGCUUUGAGUAUAAUGCCAUGCUUGUGACUGAUUAAAAGUGGUAGUAGUUUGCUUAAUAGUUUGAAUUAGUGACAGUAUUGUUUUGCGUGCAAUUAAUUGAGCAAAAUGCUAUAGUUUUUGUGCAUUUUUACGUACCACUGCUUGCAUUAAUUAGCCCUUUUGUAUAAAGUGUCUUGCCCAGUCAAUUUUACAUUAGAUAUAUUCACAUUUAAUAUUACCUAGUUAUUGCUGAAGUCAACAGUGUAUCAAUGCUUUGAUUACUAACUAGAGUCUUUAUUUUCUGUUUUUAUUUCGUGUUUUUUUUAGGGAGGUGAGUAUCAUAGCUUGAUUUACCCCCCACAGUGUUUAAAUUUGGUAACAAAGGCCACCUAAUGCUUUUGUUUAUGUGCUCUUAAAUUGAUGACAUGCAUUCGAUAAUUUGCUGUUUUAAUGCAGGACAGUUUUUGAAACGUAUGCAUGUGCACUUAAAAUUUCAGAUUUUGUUUACAAUAUUUUGGAAUCCUGUUCAUUUUUCAAUAUAAUGAAUGCAUAUAUACAGCAUGAAGUGCAAUCAUAGUUACUAUGUAUGCUUUCUCUUCUCCGGAGAGUUUAAUUUUGACGAAUGUAAUAUUUUCCAAAGUCUUUCAAAUGCAUAGUGCUAAUUUUGUGAGAACAGUAGUACGUUGUUUCAAUGCCUAUGAAAGUAGAUAUUGUUACACUAGAGAAAUGCUGUCGUCAGCGGAAAUCGUACAGAUUAGUUUAAUGCUGUUGCCUGUGAUCGGUGUAAGUAAAACAUUUUUACGCAACGUAUAUCUUAAAGAAAAGUCGAAUUCCAGUAACUGCAUAUUUUUUUGCGUCAGUACAAUUCCUCUCAAUUGGUCUCUUCAAUUCCAUUUUUAGGCUGUUUUCUCAAGUUUCUCUCAAGGUGAGUUGUGGUCACCUGGUUGACGUUUUUUGUUAACAAAUGUUAGCUUGUAAUCAUUUGCCGUCACGCAGCGUAUGACUUGAUAAACGGUUUUGCCGUGACGUCAGCCGAUGGUGCUGUGUCUCAUGCCAUUGCCUAAGUGGUCUGUGCGGCCAAAGACAACUGAAAUUGCUACGUUUCAGUUUGACGCCAAGUCGAAACGCUUUUAACGUAUUUCAGAGAGAUGUUUUUCUUAGAUCUUGUCCAGUUUUGUUGAUUUACCUUUGAGCCACCUAUGCGUCAAGGUGAGAAUGAUGUGUGCCGUUAAAAGCAUGACCGCUCGGUUGAGCAUAGUUACUCUCGUUAAGUUUCGGCAGGUCGUGUUUUGAUGUCCUGCAAUUUAACGUCACGUUAGAAUAUCGCCGUUUUGCCGAUGUUACCGUAGAGACUGCAAAAGCGUUGCUUUUCACGUGCGCCAAGUACAAAGAGGUUUUUUUGUUUGUUAAAUUUAAUCGAAAAUUUUAAGAUCGCUCAUCGUUGUGAAUGCAUAUGAGCGGUGUUGGCUUGUUCCCCCUCUCCCCCCCCCCCAAACCCUCCGCAUUGCUCUUAAAAAAAAGAACCUGGUUCAAUUAACGAGCAUUUUAAAGCAAGUGAUAAAGAGUGGCUUCGGGUCAGCGUGGUGAUUGGUGGUGGUGGUGGUGCUGCUGUGGUGUCGAGUCGCGAUGGCACAGCGAGCGUUGUUGUUCUGGCACAGAUGUUGCAGUAGCUUUCCAAUCUUGGAGCCGUCCCCCCCCCCCAUAGGGAGUUCUGUGAGUAUGGACUCGACAAAAUGUCAAUUUGCAAAUCUGUGAAAAAAAGUUAAUCGUCACAAUCGUGCAUUUCUAACACCGCCGCCUUAAUGUUUAUGCCGCAUCGUCGUAACAGUGUGCAUUGAAUCUUGCCGUUGUAGUCUAUGUAGUGUAUCUUUUAACAGUUGCAAUUAUCCAGUGACUAAUUGAACAUUUAAUAUCUGUAAUGUAUGAUUCUAAAAAAAGUCUUUGCAGUUACAAUGUGCAAUACAGCUGUUGCCAUUUUUACGUAUUAUUGAAGUUCUGUUGCAGUAUUUUCCAAUUAAUUGCGCUGAUUUUAUAUUUUAUGCUUGUCUUAAGUAUAUAAAAUGUUAGAUCUUCAAAGUAAUGUCCAGUUCUUUCCGGUUUAAAAUAUCUUGUUAGUCUAGAAAAUGCUAACUUUCCACAGCAAAUAUGUUUUUAAUAUGCUUACAGUAAUGCAAGUGUUUAUUUUUUAUCAAUGUUAUUUGUAGUGUUUAUUUUAAAAAAAUAACUAUUGACAAAUGCCUUGUGCAUAUACGCCCCCGAAAAGUUGGUAAACGGAAAAAAAAGUUGUGAUUAUUUCUUCCUUAACUACUGUGUGCAUUUCAAUGCCUCCUCCUCCUUUCCCCAAGCCCUCGUACCCCAGGGGGACCAAUCCCACGUGCCCAACAAGUUAGUAAUUGUCAGUGCUUGGCAUAUGCAUUGCCCGGUUCUCUUUGAGUUUUAAAUGUGCCAGUUAACAAAAUUAAUUGGAAUUUUACAACCAAAAUUGAUAGCAGUCUUUCUGGCUGCGACCUGUUCUGUUCGUGUCUGCGAGUUUUUUUUUUAAACUUGGCGGAGAUUGUUAAUUUUGCAGUUUAAAAGCAAUGAAUCGUUUGCAUUUGUGCUACUGGAUUGAAAGUCUUAAUGUUUAUUUAGUUUCACAGUGCUUUUGAAACUCCUCGCAGAGCUAGAGCCAUUUUAACGUCUUUUAAGUUGCGUUAAUAGUUUGAUGUAGUGUGUGCAUGUUGAGCUAUGGGUAUUUGGUUGGAUAUUUCACAUUGCAGUAUUUUAAGUUUUUGUCAUACAUGAUGUGUAUACAUGUGUAAUAUAUACGUGUGUGUGUGCUACCAGUAAGUGCAAGUUUUGACAGAUGCGCCAUACUUUUGUACCGACCGAAAGCGAAAUAGUGGCCGGGGCAGCAGCUGCUGCUAUCAUGUUCAAAACGCCCUUUGACAUUCCCUUCUCGUGCCUUAGACUAACGCCGUUUUAACAAGCGAGAUCCUCGGGCAACGCGGCACGGGGAAUUUCGCGACGCGUGUAAGUAAACGCGUAGCUUCAGCGGGUCUCUCCCAACCACGCCCCUCCAGGAGGUGGCCACGGCCAAUUCGGUUCCGUCACUUGCCGCACCUCGGCUUGUGAAGGGCAAACUCGCUCUUGGUUUCUGGUCACCACCAUAUCGGGCUUUAAGGCUCCCCCCCCCCCCCGCCCGUCAUCCCCGUGGUUGACAAUGGUCUGGGCACCACUCCAAUGCUUAGUCUCCGAGCUGCCCGUAUAUUUUUUCAAAGUGGAAUCGUGAAUACGGAGCCACACACAAGAAGAAGACCCCCUUUGGUUUACAGUGGAGUGUUAGUAUCAUCAUCACCACCUCGUUUUCUCUCCCAUGCGUUUUCAGGUUUUAUCGGCACUAUCUCCCGACGCUUGUUUCUCUCUGCACGCUUGGGCAGCUCCUCCUUUUGAAAUUGAAUGACUGAUAAGGCUCCCAUUGCGCGCUGAGUGAAAUCUCGGUGCCGAACUCCAAAAAGCAUCGAUAGCUAUACAGCACAACCCAUGGGAGCCUACGUGGCACAGCAGCAGCAUUAGAGAUUUCACAACGCACAGGUGUUGCAGCAUUGCAUGUACACAGCUCAAAGGAGAAUUGCUUGCGGCCGUGUCAUUUUCGAUCACCAACAACGUGCGGCCAUUCCAACCGCACAGCAGUGACACACAGCUGUAGACCGGUUGUUUUCAUAAGGACUCGUACGGUAAAGGCCAUCGGAUGUUCCCCGAUUGCCAUAUAUGUAUAUGCCACUGGAAGCAUCGCGUGGAGAGGGCUUGUCUUUACACCAUUGGGGGUGGGGGGGGUGGGACCAUUACCACUGCCAGUGAAUGAUGUUAGGCACCUACCUGCCUUGGCAGCAUGGUUUGGUGCCUUUAUAGUGAUAUGCUUAUACAGCAAGCUUGCCGACAGGCUAAUAUAACCAUUUGUGCGGCAGCAUUUUCCUCUGGAAAGGUGCGGUGUAGUUUUAUUCUGUGGCGGUGUGGGAUUUUUCUCGGCACACAAAUGAAAAACUCUCUAAAAAGAGAGAAUUGGCAGCAGCCUCACAAAGUAUAAAGGCGUUUUUUGGCACCUUUUAAGGGUCCAACUGCAUCACCGAUGACUGCAAAGACAAAGAUCCCCCCCCUGUAUAACCUAAACAGACUGACGGGGCAAGUGCUGUUAGCGAGGAGCAGUAGCUGUGAAGCUUGGCAUGGGUACACUGAUGGGUGGGUGCCCAGCAACCACGCCCGACCACGUUUCUCCAGUGGCGAUGUUUGCUACACACCGCAUCGGGUACUCAUUUGAGGCCGAGUCUCGACCUAGGGGAGGUCCUGGGCCGGUUCAUAUUAUCGUCGCUGAUGUUGGCUAUGAGCGUGAAUCGAACCCAGGUUACCGGCUUCGUAGCACCGUGUGCUUACCGCUACACCACAACCACUUCCCAUACCCAUUAUUGCACACGCAGACGCGUGCAUAAAACAUAUCUUUAAAAAAAAACUCGAGCGUGGAAAUUAGACUGAGGGGUCCAUGUAUCCUGCGUCCACUGGUGGAUCUUUCACUAUCCUGUAGCAGGAGACCAAAAUCACUUCAUGCGAACCAAAAUUCCCACAGCGACACAAAUUAUCCACCAAGCCAAUGCAAUCCUCGGCGGAGUCACCUUCACUUGCGUAUGGCCACUGCGCCCAUUUGUUUGUUGUAAAUGCAGUUCCAGCCCAGUGAGGUGUACACAGUCUGUUCUAUAACGCCACGUGUCAUUUUCAUAACGCAAAUUGGAUAUAGACAAUGUGAUGAAUGUAAUUGGGGAACACGGUUUUUGUAACACGGAUGCGAAUUGGAUAUAUAACGCAAUCUGAGCUAACGGAACCACGUCGCGCAAGUAUAAAUAAGUGGCCGUGCAGCGGCUGCCUUGGGGUAGCAUCAUCGCAGGAGACAUAGGGAUACUGCUGGAUACAUCUAGAUUCUCCCCACCGGGCGCCCGCUUUACCCCCUAUAUUAUCACAAUAUUUUUCCGGUGUUCUUCAGGUACAUAACCACCGCCACGUUAUAGGAGAAUAACGGUGUUUUGGGUUAGAUUGCACAAGUAUUUUUGUGUCAUUAACCCACCGCUACCCAGCAGCCCAUUAGUAAGUUUUGUCAUGUAAACAAAGUUAACUACAGCCCACCGGUGUGUUUGGGAGUAAAUCGACAACGUUGUCUAGACCAACAUUUUAACUCGCCGUAAUUAAUUAACCCCCGUGACGGUUCUAAAACACAAGAAAGGUAAGCUCGUGAGUGUGCGCGCUAGCGUCAUACGUAAAACUGAACGAUUGUGAGACAUUACCUGCAAAUUACUGAAUUAAAAUCUACUUAGCGCCCCCACCCCCUCUCUCCACCCCCUACUGGCAGACAAUAUCCAUCUGUGAACAACGCCUUGUCUUAUAAAAAUGGCGCAAAUGCCAAAUGUACCUAAUUAUUAUUUGUGCCGAUUACACUUAAGCGGUGGUUAAUUAGGUUUCGCGAGAGAGAGAGAAAACGCAUUUCACGUCAUGGUAUGGGCCUAAAAAUCCCAAAGCUGAAACGUAUCCACAGGUAACUCUGUUACACAGCAACCAUCGCUCCCUUAUUGCAACAAAAACAAACCUGGAAGGACCCCCCUGACAAUGAGAAAAAAACCGUAUUUAUCUUAAAUGUAAUAAGACCUCCACUCAAAGGGCUAUUGAAACAUUUUACACUAAAAUAAAAUGCAAAUAAUUCAAUGUCUUUGCAGUAAUAAAAUCACCUCUUAAACACACCGAGCCCCCCCCCCCCCCCAUAGCGUGCCAAAUCACUGCCAGCAAGGCAUUCCAAAUCUUUUGGGGGAGCUCUCGGGAAGCCCCCCCCCGCCCCCCCAGGGUCGAGCGCAAGAGCUGAGGCUGGGAGAGUAGUACGGCCUGCUCUGAAGAGCGGUGAAGCUUUCCUUGGGUAAACUAGCGGUAGAAUAAUUAUCACUCGCGGUGGUAAAUGCACCUUGGAUGAACGUUGGAAGUUCUCUUUCCCGCAUUACGCGAUUCCACCCUUGCACGGUUACUUCAUCGCCUCGUCUACCUCCAGUGGAACUUUAUCUCCCACUCGCCCUCCCCACUUUUAAGUGUUUCUGCAUUGUCUGUGUGAGACCAACAGGACUGUUCCUUUAUUUUUUGAGUCUGCAGGUCGGCUUGUGGAAGUAUUUGUGUGUAGCGUCAACUAUGUCCUUCCCGCUUCUACACUUGCCAACACAACUUUUAUUGCCACUUUAAAAAAACAAAAUGACUUCAAUUUUGAAAUGCUUAGGAGUCAUUGGGGGUAAAAAAAAACCAAAGUUUUUGCCCAGAAACGCUCAUGUACAAGGUUGGUGGAAUACAUACAAAUAUUUCGAGAUAACUGCAGUUAAAAUUAUUUAAAUGCAUGAACACAAUUUCAAACAAGUCGCGCAACACUUUUGCGUUUACGUUAUUUUAUCCAAAAUUGUUAAAGGGAUGAGUCGUAUACACGAUGGCAUGUUAACAAAAAAUGCUGACUGAAAUUUUUCCGUUUGAUAUUGAUCACCGAAUUUCAAUUUAUAAAGUUGCAUUUGAAGUGAAUAUGGAUAACUGCACAAAUAUGGACAGUGUUAGGAAGUCCUUUUACGAUAUCAUUUACUCGCAGCUUUACCAGUUAAUUGAACACGUUGGCUGAAUUUGAAUGUUUCGAGUCUUAAAUGCAAUAAUUCAAAUGCUUAAAUGAACUAACUGCCUAGGACAUGGAAAUCAUUCUCCUUUGUAUGUCUGUCCAUGUGUGAAAUCAAUAAAUUGGGGACCGACGAUUA